AUGUUGGAGAGCAAUUGUACCAUGCCAACUGAGUUUCUCCUUGUUGGAUUCACAGAUUCUCCUCUCCGAGUCACACUAUUCUUGGUAUUUCUCAUAGUCUAUACACUAACUCUGGUGGGAAAUAUGAGUUUAAUAAUCCUAGUUAAUAUCAGUUUAAGCCUUCAAACCCCCAUGUAUUAUUUCCUCAGCAACUUGUCUUUCUUAGACAUCUGCUAUUCUUCAGCCAUUGCCCCUAAAAUGUUGGUGAAUUUCUUAGCAUCCCGGAAAAGCAUCUCUUCCUAUGGCUGUGCAAUACAAAUGUUUUUCUUUGGUUGUUUUGCUGAUGCUGAGUGCCUUAUUCUAGCAGUAAUGGCAUAUGAUCGCUAUGCAGCCAUCUGUAACCCAUUGCUCUAUUCUACACUUAUGUCUAGGAGAGUCUGUAUCUGCUCCAUUGUGUUGGCCUACUUCAGUGGAAGUAUGACUUCGUUGGUACAUGUGUGCCUCACAUUCAGGCUGCCAUUUUGUGGCUCCAAUAUUGUUAAUCAUUUUUUCUGUGAUAUCCCACCUCUCCUGGCUUUAUCAUGUGCAGAUACCCAUAUCAAUGAGCUUUUGCUCUUUGCCUUGUGUGGCUUCAUUCAGAUCAGCACUUUUGUGGUCAUAUUUAUCUCUUACUUCUGUAUCCUCAUCACUGUUUUGAGCAUUAAGUCCUCAGGGGGCAGGAGCAAAACAUUCUCCACCUGUACUUCCCAUUUCAUAGCGGUCACGUUAUUUUACGGAACGCUCCUGUUUAUGUACUUACGUCCCACCACCAGCUAUUCCCUAGACACUGACAAGGUAGUUGCCGUAUUUUAUACUGUUGUCUUUCCCAUGUUUAACCCAGUAAUCUACAGCUUCAGAAAUAAGGAUGUAAAGAACGUCCUCAAAAAGCUAUUAGAAAGCCGGACUUUUAAAUGA